AUGCUGCAGAAUGUCAACUCUCAGGAGCAGCUUCAAGGAAUGUACAGGCCAAUCAAACUCGUCUAUCACCACAGAGAGCCCUUCUUUGUCAUCAGGCAGCCACAGAAGAUCACAGCGGUUUUUCCUAUGCGAUUCAAAGAAGACCCAGAUGUGAUCAUAGCAACCGCAUUUUUUCAGGAACUCAUGGAUGUGGGAAGUUCAGAAGCAUGGGCCAAAGCACCUCCAUGUACAUGGUCACCCAUCCCUCCUGCCGAGUUGAGAGGGGAACCACUUGAAGAUCUGAGCACCAACUGCGGUUUCGUUUCGUUCGAUAUUACUUCACAUCAUGUGAAAGGCAAAAGGCUGGAUAAGACAGUAUGGAGUUUACUGAAUUUCCAUGCCUUCGUCAAAUAUCACGUGAAGUGCACCCGAGGCUUUAUACAGAGAAGGAUGAGAAAGCGCUUGGACAGUCUUGUCAAGAUCCUUCACAGUGAAGGCUUAGAAGAAGAAAGAGAGCACGAAGAGGAACCUAAAGGUUGUGGUGCAUGA